AUGGGAAAUAGCGACCUCGAUAGGUUUGUCGGUUCUCAACAUGUAUUGACGCUGCGAGUAUCAUCUGAGCUGUUCGAACUAAUCAAACGAAUCAAUUUUUGUAGGCAAAUCGAAAAAAUCCGGAAUUGCGAGCUUAUUACCGAAGGAGAAGUUAGACGUUUAUGUGCAAAAGCUUACGAAAUAUUAAUAGAAGAGUCGAACGUACAACGAGUCGAUGCACCGGUGACGAUAUGCGGCGAUAUACAUGGGCAAUUUUACGAUUUGAUGGAACUGUUUAGAGUUGGUGAUGAUUGUCCCAAGACCAAUUACUUGUUUCUAGGUGAUUUUGUUGACCGUGGUUACUAUAGCGUCGAGACCUUCUUUCUAUUGCUUGCACUCAAGGUGAGAUAUCCCGAUAGAAUCACUCUUAUAAGAGGCAACCAUGAGUCUCGACAAAUUACUCAAGUCUAUGGAUUUUAUGAUGAAUGUGUUCGUAAAUACGGAACAGCUGAUGUAUGGAAUCUCUGUUGCGAUAUAUUUGAUCUCAUCAGUCUGGCUGCCAUAAUUGACGAUAGAAUAUUCUGUGUGCAUGGUGGACUAUCUCCGACUAUUCAAGUGCUCGAUCAGAUUAAAAAUCUUGACAGAAUGCAGGAAGUUCCACACGACGGACCCAUGUGUGAUUUGCUCUGGUCUGACCCUUAUGAUUCUUCAGAUAUGGAUGGAUGGAGCCUAAGUCCCCGUGGAGCUGGUUUUCUCUUUGGGGGGGACGCUGUCGCAUCGUUCUUACAUAUGAAUGAUUUGGAGCUAAUAGCAAGGGCACAUCAGCUUGUGAUGGAAGGUUACAAGUUGAUGUUUGGUGAGACACUGGUAACAGUAUGGUCAGCCCCAAAUUACUGUUAUAGAUGUGGCAAUGUUGCGGCAAUACUAGAGUUAGACGACCAACUAAACCAAACCUACAAAAUUUUCGAUGCAGCAACGGAGGAAAAUCGAGUUCCGGUGAAAACUAUUCUUCCCGAUUAUUUCUUAUAA